AUGGCUAAUCACUGGAAGGUUAAUGUGACUGGUAAACCAUAUUGCAAUGUACCCCCUCCAAAGUCCACUCCACCGCCUGGCACACUAACAACACCACCACCAGUGUGUAAACCUUCCAGUCUAUGUGAUGUGAUCUUAAGCGAGUAAGUUAUGUAUGCAAUUUUCUUCUUAUUGUUUUCUAAUGGUAUUAUUUCAUUUAUUUACAUUAUUAGAAGUAGGUGGACCUCUUUAAUUUGCCUUCCAAUGCUACGACUUUUGCAUGUGUUUACAAAUAUUCUAUAUAGCGGUUAUUUUGUUUCUCAUUACAUGUGUCAUUUCAAUCAACAUAGCAUGGAAUUAAUGCUGUAAACAUAUUACACAUUUUUAUUAAUUAAAUCUCUUCCAUUUCAUUGCAAGUGUCUUUGCUGAAUGCCACAAAAUAAUACCACCAAAGCCUUAUCAUGAAGGAUGUGUCUUUGACGCCUGUCGUAUUAUCAAUGAUUCAGUGGCAUGCUCUAGUUUAGAGAUCUAUGCUUCCUUGUGCACUGCCCAUGGAGUUUGUGUGGACUGGAGACCAAAGACAGCAGGCCAUUGCCGUAAGUAAUAUGGUGGAUAUUUUGUACCAUAUAUACUCUUAUAACUAGGUUGCUGUAAAUGUCCAUGCCUCUUUACUUGACACAUAAAGUGAAAUCGUUGGAAAGGACAGCAGAGAGCCCUGAAUAUUAAUUGCACUUUGCUAAAAGGUCAAAACGGUUACUAUUAACUUUUUUUCUUUUGCAAAAUAUAGCAUUCAAUUGCCUAUCUGGAAAGAUAUACAAUGCCUGUGGACCAAUGCAUGCUCCUACUUGUGAAAACAGGUAUGGAUCCUGCUUUUUAGGAGUAUCAAAUUAAGCUUUUGUGUGCUGACAAGAACAUCAAAACAAAACAAUUAUUAUUUUUUAUUUUUUUCUAAGAUCAAUAGGCAAUAGUGUUGUCACUUAGCAGGAUAUGCCUCAUAUAGACAAAGUUGCACAUAAAGAUAUGCAUGCUCUUUCUAGCAAAAUAUACCAGUACAUUUGCCAACACAUUUACAAAAUACAUUAACGGGGAUAUCACAAAGACCCCUUAAUACAUGUACACAAUUCAUGUAAAAGCAUAUUUACAAAUAAAGCAACUAACAGGAAAAAGAAGAAUAAAAAAAUUGUUGAUAACAUAGUGAAACCGUUUAAGAAUCAAGUAAUGCUUGGCAUAAUGGUAAUAUCAUCCUAAACUACCAAAUAUAAAAUGAAACCAAUACACAAGUUGAAAAUGGAUAGGCUAAACAUGUGUUACCACACAUGCACACAUAUACACACACUAAAUAUCUGUUGUCUCACACAUACACUCAUAUACACAAACACACAUGCGCACACACAUACACAAAUAGCCUGGCAAUAAAAACUACAUUUAAUUUGUGUAAUUUCCAUACUUUUCAUACAGGGAGGUACCAAAUGACCGCAAUGGGCUCACAGAAGGUUGCUACUGUCCAUCUGGGACUAAGUUGUUCAACUCUUACACCGAUGUCUGUGUUGCAAGUUGCUGUAAGUAUUUUAAAAUUACAAAUGGCAGAAGCCAACAGAAAAUCCUUGUAUUUUUAUGUUGAACAAACAGUCAUAUAUUCAUUUUUAAAACAAAAUCAAAUCUAGUAAAUUCAAUUCAGUGUUAACAAAUAUGACUGUUGAUCCUCAGCACAGCCAUUUAAAAACAUCUCAUUUACAUAGCAUAUGGAAACAAGGCCUUACCUUGUAUAUGCAUGAUAGAUAGACAAACUUGCUUAGUUCUCUCUUGACAAUCUAUUUACACUUUGCAAGCACACCAUAACAAUCAGGAAGUAAACAUUGGUUCUUUUAUAUUGAAAGGAAGACGAUCUCUUUUCACUUGUAAUAAUCACUUUUAUCACAUUGUUCUUUUUUUUAUUAAUCUGUAACUAGAAUAUUUGAAACAUGUUCAGUAUACACGUUUUUCUUUUUUUAAUCUCAGCUUGUGUUGGACCUGAUGGAAUGCCCAAGAAGGUGAGUAACUUUGUAUUAUUUGGGCAAAGCAUAUUGCUGUAGAAGAGUUUGCAUUUACUUAAUUACUCAUUCAUUAAUCAAUUUAAUUAUUCUUCCUGCAUAUACACCCUCCCCUAAGUAGGAUAUCACUAAUAUAACUAGUAAACAGAUUCGAUAAGUACCCCAUGUUCAAUUUGACACUUUAACAUUUUUUUACAGCCUACAGAAACAUGGACAAGCAACUGCAAACAAUGUGUCUGUGAGGCCACCUCACUCACUGUACAGUGCAAAACAGUGCAAUGUGCUGAAUCUGCAACCAUAACCUGUGAUAAAGAAGGGUACGUUGUUGUACAGCUACCAGACCCAAAUCAGCCAUGCUGUAUGAUAAAUGAAUGCCGUAAGUAAAAUAAAAAUAAUGUAACAAUGGUAUUAAUUGGUAUAUUGUCGUCAAUGAUUUCAUAACCUAACUUAAACAAUACAGUGCUUCAAAGUGCAAAUCCUUUCUCCUCACAGGCUGCAAUAGCACUUAUUGCUUGAACAAGGUAAAAAGCUGUCCUCUUGGAUUUGAAGCCGUUCCAAUUCUUUUGGAGAGAGAUUGCUGUCCAACAUAUGACUGCAGUAAGUAUUACUUUUCAUUUUCAGAAAACAUAUGUGGUUCUAAAAAGAUACAUAAUAAUUAAAGUACAAUUAUCUUGACUAUAAUUAUUUGGUGUUACUGUAAAGAGCAUCAGAUUUUUUAGCCAAAGUGAUACUAAAUGUGUAUAUAUAGAGUUAUUCUUUGAUUUAUGAGUUUCUUUUUAACUACUUGGCCUUUACUAUUAUGCCAUUGGUAUAGAAGUGGAGACUGUAUUUAAAGAUGCCAUGAGUAGUGACUCUGCUCCCAAUGUAUGCACACAUAUCCCAAAAUUCAUACACUCUAUGUGCGUACAUUGGAAUUAUAUUAUACUUGCACACUUACAAUUAUAAGAUUAGGAAUUGUUCAGUUGAGAGUGGAAAGACUGUGCAAAGAAAUGACUCUAAGUCCAGGGCUCCAUACCUUGUGGUGAUGUUGUCUGCAGGCUGUGAUCUACAGUUAAGUAUAUCUUUGUAUUUAUACAUUUGGUGACAAUUUUGCCAGCACCUUGUAUUGAUUAUAUGAUAUUAUUAGUUACAUAAUAUCUACCAGAAUGUUAGAUAGAAAUAAUUUCUAUGGCCUAAGGACUGUUGAAAAACAGAACUUGAUUCUGUUCCCAUGUUAAGAAAGCUGGUUCUCCAUUAGUUACAUAUUAUCUUAAAGGACCACUAUAGUGCCAGGAAAACAUACUCAUUUUCCUGGCACUAUAGUGCCCUGAGGGUGUCCCCACCCUCAGGGUUCCCCUCCCGCCCGGCUCUGGAAAGGGGAAAGGGGUUAAAACUUACCUUUUUCCAGCGCUGGGCGGGGAGCUCUCCUCCUCCAAUCCUCCUCUUCUCCUCCCUGUCAGCUGAAUGCGCACGCGCAGCAAGAGCUGCGCGCGCAUUCAGCCGGUCACAUAGGAAAGCAUUUACAAUGCUUUCCUAUGGACACUUGCGUGCUCUCACUGUGAUUUUCACAGUGAGAAGCACGCAAGCGCCUCUAGCGGCUGUCAAUGAGACAGCCGCUAGAGGAAAUAGGGGAAGGCUUAACCCAUUCAUAAACAUGGCAGUUUCUCUGAAACUGCUAUGUUUAUGAAAAAAUGGGUUAACCCUAGCUGGACCUGGCACCCAGACCACUUCAUUAAGCUGAAGUGGUCUGGGUGCCUAGAGCGGUCCUUUAAGAAAUAAAAAAAGAUAAUACAGUAUUUCCUAGUGAAAAGUUUUCUUAUUUCAACCUCCUACUAUCAUAUAAGGAAAUAUGGUAUAUGCCAUAUUACUUUCUCUUGGGAUGGAUUCUCCAUUUUUGAAUAUACCAUAUAAGUUUCUUGUGAGGCAAGUGUCGUGAAAAGGUGAUAAAUCUGAAAUUAUAUGUAACCAAAACUAUUCAACUUCAUGCGUUUUUUUUACUGUAGGUUUUUCCUGUGUACAGUGCAGAUUUCAGUAUAAAUUGCCAGUUUUAUAAACUAACAUAGUCAAUCGAACAACUGGCCCUAUUACUUCUUGGUUGUUUAACAAAGUAGAGCUAAACUCAAGAGGCAGGCAAUUUCUCAGAGCACUUCUCUUUUAACUUCAUUGGGAAGUCUAAAAUUGGACCGCCGCAUAGUCUGGUCUGAGUAACAAGGGAAGGGCUUGCAAAGGCCUCAGACAAGAGGUGUGCAGUUUUUGCAAGCUGUAUUAGACAUACCCCCAAUUAAAAAAAAAAUCAUAAUUUUUCAUAGAUGCAUGUUUUUAUUGUGGUUAUUUAUGUAUAUAUCACUAAACAGUGAUUUUUAUUUUUGGAAUUUUUCAUAUCAAAUUCAAGAUGCAUCAAACAUAACAAUAUUAAUUUCUCUUGAUAAUUUUGUCUACAGAACCUAUGGAAGUCUGUGUGUUUCAUGAAGCCAUAUACCAGGUAAGCUUAUACUAGCUUAUACUAGUACAUACUUAUUAAAUAGAAAUUAUCAAAGUCUCAAAAAAUAUCAACCCUACAGGAUAGGCAGAUAAAGUAAGCAGAUUAACUGUAUUACGAAGAAAUGUGUGCUUAAAAAUAAUAGUCACUAGUAGGAAUUUGAUAUACAAAGCUAAAUUUAUACAUUUUUUUUUUCAUUCAUAGCCUGGGAAAUCAAUUCCACAAAACAAAAAAUCUUGUGAGGAAUGUAUUUGUACAGAGGAAAAAGAUGCUAAAACCAAGCUAAAUAUGAUCGCAUGUUACACAGUCAUCUGCAAUAAAGUGUGCGAUGCGGUGAGGCUAAUUGAUGAAAUUUUUUGACAAAGUAUAUCAUAAUUUCCUAGACUUCCAUUUUCUGUGACUAUAAUAAUGUCAUUAAAUUAUUUUUUAUUUAUUCAUCAGGGUUACUUGUACGAGGAUAUCGAAGGCCAGUGUUGCGGAGAAUGUGUACAGGUGGCAUGUAUAAUGACGGUGGAUGUGGAUAACACUGUUGUUAUUGAGGUACCUUCCUUCUUAAUAAUGAUACCUAAAUAGAAUAUUGAAAAUGGUUCGAAAUUUUAUUUUACUUUUCAAGCAUUUAUUUAAAAAUCCUAAGAGUGUGGCUCCAUUGAAAAAUAAAUUUGCUUACCAACAAACCAGACUAAAUAAAUUCUACAGUAUGCUGCAAGUAAGAGGUACGUGUUCUACGUUUACAGAUAGAUAGAUAGAUAAGUGUGUGAAAGGGAAAGAAUGAGAGUAAAUAAGAAAAUCUGCAAGAAAAAAUAGAAAUGGAGAAAAGGAGACCGAGAUUUAUCCCUCUAUCAUGAAUGUAAUAUUAAUAAUAUGUUUUGUUUUACAGCCUGGUCAAAUGUGGUACUCUCCACUCAACAACUGCUCUUAUUAUGAAUGCAACAAAACAAAUGAGCACUUUGUCACCAUGAGCAUAACUAAGGAAUGUUCAGUAAUCAGUGAAGAUGACUGCACAUUGGUAAUUGCCAUCUAUUGUUAUAGAACACCUGUGGAUAAAAUUUUACAUCAUGCAAGUGACUGGCAUGUAGUACAAUAUAACCUGCUCUUUUUUUGUUUAUUUGUCGCCAACAGGGACAUAAGUUUAAAAAAGCUGAUAAUCAAUGCUGUGGUACAUGUGAGCAGGUGGCUUGUACAAUGAAACUGAGUGAUGACUCCACAAAAAUAUUGAAGGUUAGAUUUUAUUUCAGUAUCUAUAAUCCAUAUCUCAGUAUACUUUCAAAUUUACAUAAAAAACAAAAUAUACAUAUUGAAGCACUUUCCCAUUUUCAUCAAAAUGUCAAUUAGAUUUAAAUCUAGUCUAAGAAGCUUUUAUUAAUAAUGCCUGUAGCGGAGAUGCAAUAUUACCCAGGUUAUCUCCGCUUAUAAUCCAAGUGAGGCUCAGGAACAAGUAAAUAGUAAAUCCACAGGCAAGGCUUCCAGCAGGUAAAAUACAGCAAUAUCCCAACAGCAAUCCCAAUAACUGGACUACACACAGUUUCAGGAGCAGAACUGAAAGCUUUUAAUCCCCAGUUUCCUUAUAAAGCAUGCUCCCAUGCAAGGGAGGGAUUUACAGUAAUUAUUACAGUAGCCAAUCCUGUCCUGGUAACCUCCCACACAUCUCCUCCCCUCAGCCAGCAUCAUAAUCCCCUUAUCCAGCACACCAAUUCCCCCCGUUUCUGGAUGUACCCCUAAACGUAGGUGUACCACUUUAAAUCCUACAUCCCCGGAUACCCCUGAUCUGGGUGAACAACAUAUCCAAAAAUCACCCAGAUCAGACCAGGGGUUCGGGAAAUGUAUGGAGGGAAUAAAAUGACCGACCGCACUAACUGAGAUAGCCAAAUAAGGUUCCAUGUGAAUGGGCCCUGCGGUCGGUCCUGGCAUAAGGGAACACAAUACACGAAAACCUCUAGCUAUAGAGGCUAGGGAGGGUUCGCCUGAAUCCCCUCGUUCGGUUCUUUCUAUCUACCGAACGAGGGGCCGUUCGGUAGUUAGGAACCGAACGGACCGGGCUUGUGGAGGUUUCAGCGGUGUUCGCCUAGUCGAGUGUCCGAUUUGAGUUCCAGACACUCAACGGCAAAACACUGCUGUUCGGGAGUUUUAAAAUGGCCGCCGCCACGUGUUCGUUUUUCGAAUGGCGGCCACCCCCGAGAACAAAGGACGGCUACUUCACUUGCUAAUUACCCGUUCACAACAAUGUUGCAACGGGUAAUUGAGAACACACUUCACACAUGGGAGGUCUGACUGUUCGGUAGUUUCAUUCGAACAAACUAAGGGAAUGAAACUGCCUAACAUUCAGACAAAUCCAAUACAUCAAAUACAUAGACUUUGCCAUUUUCACACGAAUGCAUAGAAAUACAUGAAUUGCUCAGGACAACACAGGGCCAUCCGCUACACUGCUCCCCCUUGCCCACAAGCCGGCAUACACAGUCUGAUCCCACACGGAUCGGCUUGGUGAUGUCCGGGGAGGCUCACGGAUCAUUUCUCUAGGUCAGUUUGUCUUGACAACCCGUCAGCGUUUCCAUUCUGUUUACCCGGGCGGUACUGGAUAUUAAAGUUAAAGGGCUGCAGCGCCAAACUUCAGCGCAGCAGCCUGGCAUUGUCCCCAGCCACCCGGUUUAGCCAGACUAACGGGUUGUGAUCUGUGAGCAGGGAAAAAGCUUGCCCAUACAAAUACGGCUGUAAUUUCUUCAGGGCCCACAGCACAGCCAGGCAUUCCUUCUCGAUGGCGACGUAGCUUACUUCUCGAGGUAACAGCUUCCGGCUGAUGUAAGCCACGGGAUGUUCUCCGCCAUCGGCCCCGACUUGGCUGCUCCCAAUCCAAACAUAGAAGUGUCUGUGUGAACAAGAAAAUGUUUGGUUGGAUUGGGAGCUGCCAAGACAGGGGCAUUGGUCAAUGCAUCUUUCAACAGCUGAAAUGCCUGCUCACACUCCGGGGUCCAGGUCACUCGGCGGGGAAGGUUCUUACGGGUUAAGUCAGUGAGGGGUUUGGCCAGGGCACUAUAGUUCGGGACAAAUUUCCGGUAGUACCUGGCCGUUCCUAGGAACGCUAAUACCUGAGUCUUAGUCCUAGGGGUAGGCUAUUGAGCUACAGCCUCUACCUUGGCUGGUUCUGGCUUCUGCUUGCCGCAUCCUACCCGAUGGCCAAGGUAUUGUACUUCGGCCAAGCCAAUGCUGCAUUUGGCUGGUUUCAGCGUUAAACCAGCGGCCCUAAUCCUGUCUAGGACCACUCCUAUAUGGGUCAAGUGUUCCUGCCAGGUAUUGCUGAAAAUGGCAAUAUCAUCGAGGUAAGCACAGGUAUAAUCUUGGAACCCAUCCAGGAGGCGGUCCACCAUCCGCUGAAAGGUAGCCGUGGCGUUUUUCAUCCCAAACGGCAUGACCUUAAAUUGGUACAAGCCGGAUGGGGUGACAAAGGCCGACUUAGGGAUGGCGUCUUGUGCUAAGGGGAUUUGUCAAUACCCCUUACACAAGUCAAUAGUGGUGAGAUAGUGCCCCCUUGCCAUCCGGUCCAGUAGUUUGUCUAUCUUGGUCAGAUACCGUCUUCUCAUUCAGUCUCCGGUAGUCUACACAAAAACGGGUCGUGCCGUCCCGUUUUGGUACUAGCACUACCGGGGGCGCCCAGGGGCUGUCAGAGGGUUCAAUCACCCCCAGCUGGAGCAUCUCAUCGAUCUCCUUGUGCAUGUUCUCCCGUACCGCUUCUGGGAUGCGGUACGUGGUCUGACGUAUGGGGAGUUGCCCUGGGGUGUCUACUCGGUGAGUGGCCAGAGGAGUGUAACCAGGUACAUUAGAGAAGAUAUCCUGCUUCUCCCUCAACAGCUGUUGUACCUCGCUCCGCUCCUGUGGGCUCAACCGAUCCCCCAGGGUGACUUCCCCUAAGUCUCCAGAUAACUGGCCCUCUCCUAGCAGAUCUGGGAGAGGCAGACUGUCAAACUCCUCUGAGUUAGGCGCGCAUAUGGCGGCCACUUCCUCAGAGCGCUCCUGGUAGGGCUUCAUCAUGUUCACAUGGAGCAUGCGUCGCCCCCCAGUACCAACGCACGAGCCUAUUAUAUAAGUGGUGUCACACCGUUGUUCUACCACCUUAUAAGGGCCCUGCCAGGCGGCCUGCAGCUUAUCGUGUCGGACAGGUUUUAAAAUCAACACCUUCUGCCCGACCUGAAAGCUACGGUCCCUGGCGCCCCGAUCAUACCAUGUGCGCUGGCGUGUCUGAGCCGCCUGCAAAUUCUCGCGUACCGUCUGAGUUAAGGCCUCAAGGCGGUCUCGGAAUGCCAACACGCAUGGUAUGAUGGGGGUACCGUCAGUGCUCCGUUCUCCCUCCCAAUGCUCUCUGAUUAAAUCUAGAGGCCCUCGUACCCUGCGGCCAAACAAUAGUUCAAAUGGGGAAAACCCAGUGGAUUCCUGCGGCACCUCCCUAUAAGCAAAGAGGAGGUGGGGCAGGAACUUCUCCCAGUCCUUGUGGGUCUCUGCGAAGGUUCGGAGCAUUUGUUUCAAUGUACCGUUGAAACGUUCGCAAAGCCCAUUCGUCUGGGGGUGGUAAGGGGAACUAAUGACCGGCUUAAUGUCACAAAACUUCCAGAGGCGCUGCGUGACUUCGGCGGUGAAUUGGGUGCCCUGAUCGGAGAUAAUCUCCCUGGGGAGUCCCACCCGGGAGAAUAUAUUCAUCAGGGCUUCUGCUACUGUCUCAGCCUGUAUAUUCGUCAGGGCCACCGCCUCUGGAUAUCUAGUGGCAUAGUCUACUACUGUCAGGAUAAAUCUUUUACCUGACGGGCUCGCUUUGUUGAGGGGUCCUAUUAGGUCAACUGCUACCCUGCUAAAGGGUUCCUCGAUUAUGGGAAGGGGAUGUAACUUGGCCUUGCGCCGGUCCCCCCUUUUCCCCACCCUUUGACAGGUAUCACACGUGUUGCAAUACCUGCGCACCUCCUGGCUAAUUCCCGGCCAAAAGAAACUUUGGGUUAACCUGUAUCGGGUCCUGCUGACCCCUAAAUGUCCAGAUAGCGGAAUGUCAUGUGCUAUCCGUAGUAACUCCGCCCGGUACCGCUGAGGUACCACCAACUGCCUCAUCACAAUCGGGUCUGACCCGGAUACCUUCUUAUCUGUCUCCCGAUAUAACAGCUGUUUGUCCCAAAUAAACCUUUCGCCCUCCCCCCAGGCGUGUCUGCUGUCACCUUGUCCCUAUACACCUGCAAGGUGGGGUCAGUCACUACCUCAGCUGCAAAUUCGUUAGGAGGGGCCCAGGGAACACAGUCCAGGGAAGGGGAAGGAUCUCUUACCUGAACCUCCGGGAGUGUGUUGUAGUCCUGGGUGCGGGCCUGUUGUCGAGUAACCACAGGGUGAGCUUCUCCUGUGGUGGGUGUCUGGGGCUCAAAAGCAGAUGUGAGCCUCCCCAGAUCGUUCCCCAAUAAAACCUCCGCCGGUAACUGCGGCAUCAACCCCACCUCCACAUGCCCUGCCCCCGCUCCCCAAUGCAAAUGUACCCUUGCUGUAGGUAGCCGGUAUACUGCUCCCCCGGCUACCCUGACGGCCACAGUCUUAUUUAGUUUAGCUUGGUCUGAGACCAGGUGACUUUUUACCAGGGUGAUGGUGGCUCCUGAGUCACGUAGCCCCUGAACCGCUUUACCCUCCAGAUACACGGUCUGCCUGUGAUGCUGGCGGUUGUCAGCAUUAGCCUGGACGGGAUCCGCCUCGUGCAGUACCUCCCACUGUUCUACCGUUGUAAUGGGAACUGCUGAGCCAUACGGUGUGGCCACGAUGUCCUGGUAGUGGUGGGCUGCGGCUGCUCUCGGUGGUGGUGGUGGACCGGGUCGGAUCCAGGUGGAACGGUCCCGCAGCUGGGGGCAUUCCCUUUUAUAAUGUCCCCAUUUCUGGCAGUGGUGGCAAGGGCCCGACGUGGGCUGGCGGAAACGUGGCUGUGCAGCGGGUGGUGGGGGUGGUGGCAGUGGUCUUGGUAGAGCUGGCGUGUAGUUGUUUCCCCCAAAGGUUUUAAAAGGUACUUUUGGAGCUGCAGGUUUUUGCUGCCUGCGUGCAUCCAGGUACUCGUCUGCCUUCCUGGCUGCUUCGGUAAGGGAGGUAGGGUUUCUGUCUCUUACCCACUCCUGUACCUCGCUGGUUACUCCUUCAUAAAAUUGCUCCAUCAGUACCAUUUGCAAUACAUCCUCCAUAGACCGUGCCUUGCUCGCUUGCACCCACCCCAAGACUGCUCAUUGUAGUCUGCAUGCCCACUCAGCAUGUGAGUCUUUCUCCACCUUCUUUAAAUCCCUGAAUCUCCGCCGGUAUGCUUCUGGUGUUAUAGCAUACCUGGCCAAUAUAAUUUCUUUCACUUUGUGGUAAUUCCGUAUUUCUUCAUUAGGUACAGUACGGUAUGCCUCAGCUGCCCUCCCAGUUAACCUCCCUGCCAAAAUAGGUACCCAGUCCUCUGCGCUGAUUCUAUGCAGUGCACACAGUCUCUCAAAAUCUUGCAGGAAAGCGUCUAUAUCUUCCUCUGCCUCCACAUAUGUUUUAAAAGCCUGGUAUGGUAUUUUAGGCUUACCUUCUUGUGGCAUAUUUACUGCAGAGCUGCGUUCUGGGGCCGCUGUUUGACUCCUCAGUAUAAAUUCCUGGACCUCCGUCAUCGUUUUUGAAACAAUCUCUGUUGGAGGGUGUUCCCCAUAGAAAGAUAGCCGAAAUUGUACCUGCCUCUGGAACUCCCUUUGUUCCGGUGUUUCUCCCGAAUUCCCCUGUUCGGGAACCGAAUCGCCGUCCAUUCGGUACUCCGCCAUCAGUUCAGUAAUGAGUACCGCUUUUGUCUUAUUGCUGGCUUGUAUACCCCUUGCCUCCAGAAGGUCUUUUAGCGUGGAGCGUUUUAGUGUGGCAAAAUCAAUCUCCAUCCGUACUCCAUUUAGGCUUGUUCCUCUGUGAGUCUGGAUCCCAGCGCUGCCAACCAAUGUAGCGGAGAUGCAAUAUUACCCAGGUUAUCUCCGCUUAUAAUCCAAGUGAGGCUCAGGAACAAGUAAAUAGUAAAUCCACAGGCAAGGCUUCCAGCAGGUAAAAUACAGCAAUAUCCCAACAGCAAUCCCAAUAACUGGACGACACACAGUUUCAGGAGCAGAACUGAAAGCUUUUAAUCCACAGUCUCCUUAUAAAGCAUGCUCCCAUGCAAGGGAGGGAUUUACAGUAAUUAUUACAGUAGCCAAUCCUGUCCUGGUAACCUCCCACACAUCUCCUCCCCUCAGCCAGCAUCAUAAUCCCCUUAUCCAGCACACCAAUUCCCCCCGUUUCUGGAUGUACCCCUAAAACGUAGGGGUACCACUUUAAAUCCUACAUCCCCGGAUACCCCUGAUCUGGGUGAACAACAUAUCCAAAAUCACCCAGAUCAGACCAGGGGUUCAGGAAAUGUAUGGAGGGAAUAAAAUGACCGACCGCACUAACUGAGAUAGCCGAAUUCGGUUCCAUGAGAAUGGGCCCUGCGGUCGGUCCUGGCAUAAGGGAACAAAAUACACGAAAACCUCUAUCUAUAGAGGCUAGGGAGGAUAAAUAAAGGAAAAGAGACAGCGCCAGACAACCUGUAAGGCAGCAACCCAACAAGGGAAUCCCCCCAAAACCCUAAAAUACAGGAUAAAAGCAAAAUAUAAAAGGAGGGCUGCGCCAGAAUAAACAGUGUCCAGUAUCAAUAGUUAUUGAAGAUAAAAAGUCCGACCUAAAAGGUAUCCUCUCUGUCGUCUUUAGGUACAGGAACGCGAUCUUCAGGUAAUAUAUAAAAGAUAAAAGGAGAGAACAAACGAUGGUGCAGAAUGUACGGUUCAAAUGAAGUAAAAAUUGAUUAAUGAUAACGAACUCACAAUUUCCAGAGCUUCUGUCCAGCUCUAGGGUAAAGCGCACACAGCGGUAUAAUCCCCGCUUAUGGGAUUUAUGAUGGGUUCGUCAGGGUAUCCAAAACUCAAAGGAAACAGAAACAGCCAAAUAGUGCUCUCUGUAUAACUGUAUAUUGUAAAAGAGAAUAAAAAAACGUACUUACAAGUACAGAGCAGACCAACUGCUCUUUGAUGUCAGCGCUGGUGGAAUAAUCCCCACCUAUGGAUUUCUUUGGUUGUCAGGAACUUGUAGAGAUAGUAUUAAAAUCGGAAUAGAGUGUAUAUAAAAUAUAACAAUGAACUAAAACGAUAAAUAGCCAGGGUACAUGUAUAAAUAAAAGUAGUUGGGACUAUCAGUUAACCAAAAACUUUAAUAUUUAUUAUACAAAAUUAAAUUUCCAUAACGCGUUUCGUCUAACAGACUUUAUCAAAUGGAAUAUAAUACAAAACCUGGCAGAUAGUGUUUAUAUAGACAUAGUUCAAUUUAAAAUUGGCGCCAAAAAUUUCGGCCAAUCAGAAUAAAGAUACUUUUUUACAUCUCAAAUUAACAGUAUUAAAUUAUUCUCAGAUAGUAAAUAGGCUAAUGAGGCAUAUUCAGUGGUUUUUUAUUAAAAACGAAGAUGAGAAGGAUUAUAAAAUUAAAAACACAAUUGGUCAUGUGAUAAUCAUCACUUCCGGUUUUCGGCAGUAUAGCCGCACGGCCUUAUGGGUAUUGUAGUUCCCCAUAAGGCGAUCUAAAAACGGAAGCUAGAAAAAGAGAACAAAAAAAAAAACAAAAAAAACAAAAGGGUUACUUGUGGGGAGACAAGUCCCAUGGUGUUAAAAUUACAUAAAAACGAGCAGGGGAAAGUUGUAAAAUAUGCGGCACUUCCGGAAACCGGAAGUGUAACCGCAAUGACUUGUGGGGCAUGUAGUUGUGAAUGCAGCAACCUAUAUAGAAAAAACAAAAAAAAAAAAAAACAAUGAAAAGGAAAAGAAAUAAGGGAAACUAUUUAGCUAAAAUCUUUUUUGCUAAAAUCUUGUAAUAGCUGAUUUCCUACUAAAAAGCCACUGGUUAAUGAGGCAUAUUCAGUGUUUUUUAUUAAAAACGAGGAUGAGAAGGAUUAUAAAAAUAAAGACACAAUUGGUCAUGUGAUAAUCAUCACUUCCGGUUUUCGGCAGUAUAGCCGCACGGCCUUAUGGGUAUUGUAGUUCCCCAUAAGGUGAUCUAAAAAUGGAAGCUAGAAAAAAAAAUAAAAAAUAAUGGAUAGGGUUACUUGUGGGGAGACAAGUCCCAUGAUGUUAAAAUUACAUAAAAACGAGCAGGGGAAAGUUGUAAAAUAUGCGGCACUUCCAGGAACCGGAAGUGUAACCGCAAUGACUUGUGGGACAUAUAGUUGUGAAUGCAGCAACCUAUAUAGGAAAAAAAAAAAAACACAAUAAAAAGGAAAAUAAACAGGGGAAACUAUUUAGCUAAAAUCUUGUAAUAGCUGAUAAAAAACAGCUAAAAGGUGUAUGAGAAAAAAUAAAUAAAUAAAUAAAUAAUAAUAUGAAAAAGUGAAAUAUAAAAUAUAAAAAUACUGGUCUUGGUUCUUACUAAAAAGCCACUAUAAUAGCCUUAAAGUCAGAUGCAUAAGAACAUAUGAUAAUUAGGUAAAAUACAAUAUAAAAAAAAUAAAAAUACAAUAUUAAAAAGUCAAAAUUACACGAAAAUAGUAAAUUAUAAUACUGGUGUCUUUAUAAAAAAUUAUGCAGAUCAAAGUCUGCAUUUAGACCAUGGGGUAUAAGUGUCUUUUUUUUUUUUUUUUUAGUUCUCUUUUUCUAGCUUCCGUUUUUAGAUCGCCUUAUGGGGAACUACAAUACCCAUAAGGCCGUGCGGCUAUACUGCCGAAAACCGGAAGUGAUGAUUAUCACAUGACCAAUUGUGUUUUUAAUUUUAUAAUCCUUCUCAUCUUCGUUUUUAAUAAAAAACCACUGAAUAUGCCUCAUUAGCCUAUUUACUAUCUGAGAAUAAUUUAAUACUGUUAAUUUGAGAUGUAAAAAAGUAUCUUUAUUCUGAUUGGCCGAAAUUUUUUGGCGCCAAUUUUAAAUUGAACUAUGUCUAUAUAAACACUAUCUGCCAGGUUUUGUAUUAUAUUCCAUUUGAUAAAGUCUGUUAAACGAAACGCGUUAUGGAAAUUUAAUUUUGUAUAAUAAAUAUUAAAGUUUUUGGUUAACUGAUAGUCCCAACUACUUUUAUUUAUACAUGUACCCUGGCUAUUUAUCGUUUUAGUUCAUUGUUAUAUUUUAUAUACACUCUAUUCCGAUUUUAAUACUAUCUCUACAAGUUCCUGACAACCAAAGAAAUCCAUAGGUGGGGAUUAUUCCACCAGCGCUGACAUCAAAGAGCAGUUGGUCUGCUCUGUACUUGUAAGUACGUUUUUUUAUUCUCUUUUACAAUAUACAGUUAUACAGAGAGCACUAUUUGGCUGUUUCUGUUUCCUUUGAGUUUUGGAUACCCUGACGAACCCAUCAUAAAUCCCAUAAGCGGGGAUUAUACCGCUGUGUGCGCUUUACCCUAGAGCUGGACAGAAGCUCUGGAAAUUGUGAGUUCGUUAUCAUUAAUUAAUUUUUACUUCAUUUGAACCGUACAUUCUGCACCAUCGUUUGUUCUCUCCUUUUAUCUUUUAUAUAUUACCUGAAGAUCGCGUUCCUGUACCUAAAGACGACAGAGAGGAUACCUUUUUAGGUCGGACUUUUUAUCUUCAAUAACUAUUGAUACUGGACACUGUUUAUUCUGGCGCAGCCCUCCUUUUAUAUAGAGGCUAGGGAGGGUUCGCCUGAAUCCCCUCGUUCGGUAUUUUCUAUCUACCGAACGAGGGGCCGUUCGGUAGUUUGGAACCGAACGGACCAGGGUUGUGGAGGUCUCAGCGGUGUUCGCCUACUCGAGUGUCCGAUUUUAGUUCCAGACACUCGACGGCAAAACACCGCUGUUCGGGAGUUUUGAAAUGGCCGCCGCCACGUGUUCGUUUGUCGAAUGGCGGCCACCCCCGAGAACAAAGGACGGCUACUUACUAUUCAAUUACCCGUUCGCAACAAUGUUGCAGCGUGUAAUUGAGGACACACUUCACACAGGGGAGGUCUGGUUGUUCGGUAGUUUCAUUCGAAUAAACUAAGGGAAUGAAACUACCGAACAAUCAGAGGAAUACAAUUCUCUUUAACACAUAGAAAACACAGCAGAUACACGAAUGCAGGUAUAUACAGUAUAUUUGUAGGGUCGCCUGGUGCCAUCCGCUACAAUGCCCAUCUAUUUUAACCUGUCUUGAAUUUAAAAAGAAAACCUAAUACAUUUUAUACAAUCUCUCUGUGUAGUGAAUUAAAUAUCCUUAUUGAUCAUAACUUUAAGAAUCCUUCCCACUGCUGCAGAGGAAGUCUGCUUUUGCAGACCACUGCUGCGUCCAGCCCAGCCAGGGCUUCUAUAAUUGUUGUUUUUUCAAACAAAACCGUAAGGUUUUUGUUCAGCCAUUCUGAUAUGGAAAAUUUUACUAGUAACGCAAAUUCAGCCUAUUUCAAUCAUACAAAGCAUGCCUAAUUCUGCUUACUGUAUUUGGCAGCGAUACCUCAUUCUGCUUACUGUAUUUGGCAGCGAUGCCUCAUUCUGCUUACUAUAUUUGGCCCACACUAGGGCAUAUCGACUUUUAUCAUAUGCAUUUUAGUUAGUCACCCUGCAAGUUAAUGUUUCACUCUACAUCUUAAUUUUUCUUUGUCUGUCCUGGGUAUUCAUGCACUUUUUGAGCCUUCAUUGUUUAGUAAUUAUGUGGCUAGGUGUAGCAACUGACGGUCUAAAUUUAUGUCAGGUCCAAAAUUGGGCCUAUACAUGUGGUAAAGGAAAUACAAUAUAAACUUGUAUAUACAUUUUCUGUACUCAUAAAUGCAAAAUUCCUUAUUUUCUGUAAACUGGAAUAUCUUACUAAAUGACCUUAAAUUCAUAGAACUGUGUCAUAUGCAUUUCAGUUAGUCACCCUACAUUUUAAUGUUUGUCUGCCCUCUGGGUAUUCAGGUACUCAUUGGGCCAACAUUGUUCGGUAAUUCACUGUUUAGUAGAUAUUCCUCAAAGGACAGCAUGUAUGCAUUUAAUUAUAUAAUUUUCAUUGGGUAUAAUCUAAAACAGCUAGCUAAACCUGGAGUUCUCUUGUCUGCUGCUUUUGCAUUCCCUCACUUUCUAACACCACCCAGACUUUCUUUGUACGGUCUGCAUGCAUUAGGAACAUCAUUCAGUCAUGUUCAGUUUAAGCAAUGAAGUUUUACAUAUGAUGCUAAUAUUACUGAGAUAUUCUAGCAUUCCCUAUUGCUUUCAACCCUAAUCUUCCAUGCCAGCUGUGUAUUAGACAUGUGUAAUUCGUUUCGGUCCGAAUAUGAAUUCGGACAAAUUUCAGGAAAUUCGGACAUUCGGGUACUUCUGAAUGUCUGAAUUGCUGAAGUGCCAAAUUGCAAAGGUCCCGAAGUUCUGAAAUUACCGAAUUUCCGAAGUGACGAAGUUCCGAAGCACAGUAUUGCCUAAGUACUAAUAUACUUACCCAGUGAAAGAAGAAGAAUGUUACAUUGUAUACAAUUUUAAAUAAAAAGUAUACAAACAUGGCCAGGAUUCAGCUGUAAGCAUUUGCAACACUUACAACAAUCAAGUAACAUACAUUCAUAUAAAAUGUAAGUUACUUAGCCAGUCAAUGUAAUGACAGGAAUGAAUAAGUAGAUAACUCCCUAAUUCCCACGAUAUUAGGGAGUGUUGUGCCUAAUCAUUAAAUUCAUGAAGCACCAAUAUCUAAAAAGUAAUAAUCAAUUACCUAAUAAGGUUUAUAGCGAUAUUGGCGGGCACACAACCCAGUUCGGGAUGAGUGUCUUGGGCUAUAGGAAAAAGAAACCACACAGAGACCAAGUUGCAGAUAAGAAUUCACACCACACUUUAUUGUCCACAAGGGGAACCAAUACAGAGUAAGCUUAACUCUCCUUAAGUAGUUGCAUGCAUUCACUUCAAAACAGCUUGGUAUCUAGAUAUAUCAGCUUAAGUAUACAUCACAGUUAAAGGGGCUUGUGUCCUCUGCACUUGACUGGGGAGAACUCUGGCAGUCGGCUUGGAGGGACCCUCUCUGGGAACAGCAGAGACCAGCAACACGCGUCCGCAUUACAGGUGGGUAGUUCUCCAAGUGAGUGCCAGGUUUCUCCGUCUUUUAUACUUUUUAUCAAGUUUGUAACUUUUCCAAGAUUUUCUUAUCAGUGCAGCCCAGCAUGUAUCUUUUUUUUUUUUUAAUUCUUUAUUUUUGUUGUGCAGGGGAGUACAGGGUAUCAACGGACGCCACAACAGCGUAUUUCGAGAUUCACAACAGUUUAACAGUGGCAUAAAAAUUUGCACAGUUUUAUGUUUUUAAACAUGCUCGACUAAAUAGUUAAAUCGAUAAGGUAGGAGUAACUAAAAUACAGUGAAAACUGCUUAGUAGGAACAUUCAGUUAGAUUACGUUGAGUGUUAUUGUGCUUGGGUUAGCAAAAUUAACAACAUCAGUGUGGUUUCAACGUCACACGCUUAUACUUUGAUACUAUUGGCAGUCGCUUCACUACUGUUUAUAGUCGCGUCAACACCAUUAUCAGUCGCUACAAUGCCAUGAUCUGUCGCUGCUAUACUAUUGAUCAGUCACUCUAAACAGGACAUAUUUGCCUAAGUCAGCGGGUUUUCAACAGUAAUGUAUGACAUUAAACAGGCUAGACUAGCUGACAUUGUGCUUAAUGAAAUAACAGAUAAUAAUAAAGAGAAACAGGUUAAGGUCACUGAUCUAGAGCUCAGCAUGUAAUAAACAGUAACAUGUCUUCUAAUGAAACAGUACAUUUACUCUAGUAUCUCUUUUGGCUAAGAAAACACAGUUAGAUGCGAGUUUGGUAGACAGACACGGAUAAUAAGGCGUGAGUAGUACCACUGCGUAAUAGAUUGCUUUAGGAUGUGUAGCAGGAAUACAAGUUGCCUUUAAGCUCUCAUGCAGCUAUGCCUCGAGGAGUUCCCUCUCUAUGGUCCCCUAUGUGAGCUGUUGGAAGGGAUGUGCAGGGAUCAGUUGCGUACAGACAGGUGUGGGAGUUCAUCUGAGUUAUGAAAAAUUAGUGAAAAAAUAAAUAGAAAUAAAAAUAAAAGAAGUGAUGAGUCCUUUGCUAGGCAAUGAGUCCCAGUGCUGUGUGGUUCAUCCGAUGCCUUGUAGAGGCUCCCCUUGUGCCGUCUGCUGCUGCUGUGAUGUGAGCUGCAGUUCCCCCAGUCCGGUGAUGCGUGGGUGGAGUGUCUGAGUGUAGGCCGGCAUCUGCUGUGGUAGGUAUGAUGUGGCUCUGAUAGAGGGCCCUGCUCGACUUUGUGUCUCUAGGCUGCGUCUGUGCUUGUGGCGUCGUGCUAUCGCGGCCCCCAUGGUGAGCCCUGUGGUCCGCCGUUUGUUGAUGCGAAUGUGGUUGUCUGCACCUCUCCCAGGCUGUUUCACGGCCGGACGGCGAGUUUGAUUUCCGCGCCGCCUUCGCACUGCAGUGCCAACAGUAUGUUUUACCUGGGUCCGGCUGUGUUUGCCCUUAGUGAGGCUUCGGGUCUCCGCUAGCAGGCCGGUCUUUCUCAGGGGCCUGUGGGGUCCGGGAAGGGAGCCGGCGGUGUAUGCCAGUACUCCCAUCCGGGUCCCUCGUGCUGGUUCUUGUGUCUUGCCAUCCGGCUGGGUCCUCUGCACCGAGAGCCAGCUGCUCCCAGAAGGAGUCAAAUAUGCGGGUCAGCUGGAGCUCCGUGUCUCGUCUGGCCUUGUGAAGGGCCGAGGCGUGGUUGCCGUCCGCCAUUUUGUCGGCCUUGUCUGCAGUUUCCACACCGCGCGGUUGUUUCGUCCGCUCAUCUCCUUUCAAGGGGAUCGUGAGGGGGUGGACCGGGAUGACCCCUGCUGGUCCAGGGGGGGGGGAACGAGGGCUCGGAGGCCGGUACCUGACUGGUACAGGCAGCAGGAAAGCAGCCGUCUUCCCCACGCCCGCCAUGCUGGUAGGCCCCGACUUGAGUCUGGGUGCGCCUGAGGGGCAUCGUCGCUUGUGUGGUGUCUGUUUGUGCGCCCCAUUGUCGCCUGUCGCUUGGUGGCCGUGAGGAAUCAAUUUAGUGCCUUUUUGGGGUCUUAAAUCCGCUUUGGUUGCCCUGAGAUGCAGGAGCUGGUGAGACAUGCUUCCUCACAGUUCAGCGGUCAGGCCCCACCCCCCCCCAGCAUGUAUCUUGUCAUGCGCAUUAAGUAAUCAGUAUGGUUGAUCAGGCCAGUCGUGACCACCCAAGGCUCAUGCCAGACACGUGCGGUAUCUUAUUCUAUCUAUGUCCCUACUCUUAUCUUUCUAUACAUUUGUUGGCACCAAGUCCCUCUUUUCAGCACGUGGGCCUUUUUGGAUAUUGGCCAGACAUGCUAUGGAAUAUUCUAGGCAAUGUUGAAUUUCUUAGUGCGACACAGUUUAAGCAUUUUAUGCAAUGUCAUCAUAGCUAAAUUUCUUAGUGCGACACAGGUUGAAUUUCUUAGUGAGACACAGUUUAAGCCAAGUGCCAUCUUAACUAUCUAUAAUAGAUUAAUUUGCUCAUUAGUGAUCAAUCAAUCAUUCUUAAUUAGUUAAUUGGAUUUUAUCACAAUUCUCACAGGGAGCUAUCUACUAAAAGGCUAAUUGACCUAAAUUGAUCUACCCCUAUAUAAGUUGGUUUAUCGACUUGGCCCUCGUUAUAUUAAUCACUUAUCUACGAUCAUCACUACGUUCACUACGUCUCCGGGCUAUCCCAUUAUUUUCAGGCAACAGGGGCUUAUACAUGUGACAGGUUUACAAUUCCCUUACUUUACAGAGUUUCUUCAUUAUUAGAGUUUUGCUAUACACCUUAAUGCUAUUAAUUUAUGGUUGACGUCACAUGCUGGUAUUUUCAUAUUCACGCCACCUGCUUUAGUCUAAGUCGCUUGUGUUACUCCUCAAUUGUUUGCAAGGUAUAUAUUGCUUGCUACUUUUUUUUUUGCCACCUUCAAUUUAGACUCUCUCACUAUACCAUCAAGUUACGCCUGACUGACAUCCAACAUCACAUGUUUCUCUACUUUCCAACAACGCCAGUUUCCUUUCAUCCUAUGCAUUCAGACUAUACUUAAGGGUAUCCAAAAUAUGUGUGAUUUGCUAGAUUCAGCCUGUUUCGAACCCCUCACUAACUCUGUCAUUAAAACCGCUAUUUGCCUGGCCUUUUACAGCUUCCUGAAGCCACUAGAAUUCACCAUCAGUGGCCAACACCACGCACAAGGUUGCCUUCAAAGCUCCUACCUAAUUAAACAUCAAGAUCAUUACAAACUGACUCUACCCAUGUCCAAAACGAGUCAACUGGGUCAACCCAUCCACAUUCCAUACUAUCCCAUGAAUAAUAUAUGGUGCCGGUAAAGGUUUUCGGUUCCUACCUCCUCACCGUAACGAAUAUCGCAUCUCUUCCGCUACUUUAACUUCACGGAGCUAUCCUUACAGUUAUUGUUAACAAGGCUCGGUAUGAACCCUAGUCUUUAUUCAAGACACUCGUUAAGGAUAGGGGCUGAAUCUACGGCAUCAAUUCAGGAUGUUCCAAUCCAUGUCAUUAAAACUCUAGGUCGCUGGAAGUCAUCAGCAUAUACAAUAUACAUACCCCAACCGGAAAUACGAAAUUGUUAAAAUGUCAUCUUAAUGUACUUACAUUGUAUUAUGUUCUUUACUCAAAUGUAUUUUGAGCAUGAUAUGUAUUCCCUUUUGCCCACUUUAUUUACUGGCCUACAGCAUACCUAUCACAGGUUUGCUAACAACAAUCUUACUUCAUAUCAUAAUCAAUGUUGCCUCAAACUCAAAUAUAAAUAUAAAUAUAUAUAUAUAUAUAUAUAUAUAUAUAUAUAUAUAUGUUAGUAAGCACCUUGUACAAAAUACCCUCCAUAAAAAGGAGAUUUCUAAUUUUCUUUCAUCAUAAUAUAUAGACAAGAACACCUAAUAUGAUUUAAAUGCCACCAUGUAAUUGUCAUUUUUGUAAUGUUAUAUUUUUUACAUUUACAGCCCUAUGAAAAAUGGACCCCACCCAAUGAGGUCUGCAUCUCUUACGAGUGCGACAUAGUUGAGGGCCAGUUUGUUCCUGUGACAGUGAAGAGAACCUGUCUGAUUGUCGAUUGUGAUGCUGUAGGUUAUUUUUACAGUAACAUUUAUCUAGGUGCAAAAAUAUGAAAAAUAUAUAACACACCAAGAAGAAUUGGUCAGCCUAACAAAUAUAUGUGCAUUUUUCUUGUUUAUCAUAGGGUUACGAAUACAAAAUUAAAUCUGGACAAUGUUGUGGAGAAUGCAUCAAGGUGGCGUGCUCAAUUAAGAUGGGUGACAAUUCAGCUAAAAUUUUGCAGGUACUGUUGUUGGUUGAUGUUAUGGCUCAUAGCAGUAUUAUUAUAAUGUAAAUAUUUUUAGAGUCAGAAAAAGGAUACAUUUUGACAAGAUAUUCUGUGUGUCUAAAGUGUACAUUCUGUAUAGCUUCUUAGUUACAAUAUGACAUAUAGGUUUUUGGUGAACCAAAAGAAUCAAUGUUUUGUGGCCCCUUUGCCUAUAGCUAGCUGAGAAUCAUGGUAGUUGGAAUCAAACAAAAGAUGAACAGCAGAGAGCAAUGGCAGCUGGUGAAGUUUAAAAAUAGUAGGGCGGUCAACUCUAUCCGAAAAUUUAAAUCUGACCCUUAACAAUUUGGGCUCUGCCUUCUUAAUCCCAUGUACUUAACUCCUUACCCAAUGAGAGGUCAUGCCCUAUUCUAGAACAUAAACCUGUAGAUACCCCUGAUGCUGUUAGUCAUGAUAACUCUAUAGCACAGGACAAUAAAUAGGCCUGCCUUGAAUAAAAGCCCAAGGCAAAGCUAAUAUUCUAUUGUUAGCACAAACUAAGCAUGUCUGUGGUCUCUAGGUCUAUAAAACUGGCAAAUUGUUGCCAAUUUUAUGGACUUAAAACAAAAUGCCUCUCAGCAGAAUAUUCAGCUAGCAAUACGAAAAUGCAGAACCAAUCAUGGUAGACACAACAUGGUUUUUAUAACAUAAAUUUAAACAUCAUAAAAUUUAUUUAUUUCCAACAAAACAUCUGUCCCUAUGCACUGGCCUCCACUGACAUAGAGUUGGCAAUUCCAAACAGAAGUGAUUUAUAGCAAGGUUUUAUAUUUCAUACUUUUCUUUAACUUUUUUUUAGCUUGGGCAGAGUUAUACUCCAGAAGAUGAUAAAUGUACUAUCUACAAAUGCUCUGAUGCAUACACUCUGGAAACAAAAAAAGAAAUAUGCCCAGCCUUUGACUCAUCGCUGUGUGUGGAGGUAUGUUUUUGACAUUCACAUAUCUCAUGUAAAUGGAGAGCACAUAGAAAUUAAUUCCAUCUGCAGAACAUUUUGAAUUAAUGCAUAUACUAAUGAUAUUUGUUUAGAAAUUAAAAUAAAUCCAACCUUGUUCCUAUUUUGAAACAGAAUAAAGAUGGCACGGAUCCCAGAAAUUACAAAACGAUUGUGUUAACCUCUUAAGGACACAUGACAUGUGUGACAUGUCAUGAUUCCCUUUUAUUCCAGAAGUUUGGUCCUUAAGGGGUUAAUCAAUGUAGAUAUGAAGAUAUAUUCAGAUAUUAUUGCUGAGAGAAUUAAAAACAUUAUAUCGAAACUUAUCCACCCGGAUCAAAUUGGGUGUAUCCCCGGUAGAUGGGCAUCAAAUAAUUUCCGUAGACUGAUUGAAAUCAUUGACUGGACCAAAAGACAUAACACUCCCCUCUUGGCCCUGUCUUUAGACACCAAAAAAGCGUUCAACAGGGUUGGGUGAGGCAUUCAGCUUUAGGGGAUGGAUACACGGUGCAAUUUUAGCUCUGUACUCCGCCUCCUCAGCCAGAACGGUGGGUCCAAAUAUAACUGCAGGCUGGUUUGAUCUUAAAAAUGGUACCAGGAAGGAGUGUCCUCUCUCGCCCCUAUUGUAUAUUUUAUCGCAUGAACCCCUGGCUAUCAAUAUUAGGAACAACUGAUUAAUCAAGGGUGUCCACAUGAAAUCAAGUGACAUUAAAAUUUCACUAUAUGCGGAUGACGCUUUAGUUAUUUUGACAUCCCAUGAGGAAUCACUCCGGCCUUUAAUGUCUGAAAUUGAUAGAUAUUCUAAUAUAUCCAAUUUUAAGUUAAAUAUUUCAAAAUCUACAGCUUUAAGCAUUAAUAUGUCCUUAGACCAGAUUGACAAGUUAUCUCAGAGAUACAAAUUGAUUUGGACAGAUAAGGAAAUAGACUACUUGGGUCUAACUAUUCCUGCAAAUGUUUUGAUUAUAAUGGAGAGAAAUGCUUUGAUCUUAAUGAAAAACAUGAAUCUCAAUUUAAAAAAAUGGCAAAAUCUGGAAACUUCGUGGAUAGGUAGAAUCAAUAUUAUAAAUUCCUACAUUUUGACAAAAUGUGGUUAUAUUUUCUUUUCUAUGGUCCCACUAAAAAUGCCCAAGCCUUGGUUAGCAAUGAUUCAAUCAAGUUUUAAUAAUUUUAUUUGGAAGAAUAAAAAAACCUAGAAUUAGCCAAAAAAUUAUAUCUAAAAAGUUAUCUCAGGGUGGCCUUAGUUUUCCAAGUAUUACUUAUAUUUAUUUUGCCAAUAUUAUCCGUCAUAUAUAUAUUCUUCAAGAUCCACAGGUUUUUUUGUGAACCAUGGUUAAUUUUCGAGUCGGAAGCUGCCCAUACUUCUAGACUAUAUUACUAUAUGUGGUUGGAUAUCAGGGGGAUUUUAAAUGAACCUUCCAUAAGUUAUCCAUCUACUUUGGUUCAAACGCUAGAAGCCAGGGCAGAAAUUAAGAAAACUCUGGGUUUUGUACAAAUAAUCCUGAGAUCCUGUAAACUUAAUAUAUUAGAAUGUAUUAUAGAAGAUUUUUCUUUGAGACACUGGGGAAAUAAUGAUUCACUAAUUAUCUCGGACAUUAUGCAAAGAGAUACUAUUUUGCCUUUCCAACAGAUUGUCAAUAGUAUACAUAUUUCUCCUAGAGAGAUAUUUACUUAUCUUCGAAUUAAACAUUUCAUACAGAAAUGUGUUAUUCCAACCUCCUUCCCAUUGGCAAAGAAGUUGGAAAGUCUAUUUUGCUACAGAUCAGUUUCUUAGGUCACUUCUGUUGCUAUCUCUCUGUUUGAUGAAUCUAUGAUCACCCCCCAGAAAUGUAUUAAUACAUGGGAGAAGGAAUUAAAUUUAGUGAUGCCCCUAAAUGAUUGGCUUGUCUCCUUAACGUAUACAAACAAAUAUAUACAUUGUCUUAAACUGACUGAAUGCCAUUUCAAGGUCAUACACAGAUGGUAUUUUACCCCAACAAGACUGGCCAAAAUGUACGAUACAUAUGAUUCUACUUGUUGGAGAUGUGGCACGCACCCAGGCACAUAUAUUCAUAUAUGGUGGGCCUGUCCACUAGUUAAAUCGCUUUGGGUGUGGGCAUUUAAUAUCUUCUACCCCGGUAAACUCAAUAAAAACCCGGCUUCUGCCCUUUUACACUUGAAUUGGCAAUUAAAGUCGCAUAAAUAUAUUUGUUUUGCUAUUCACUGCUUUGUUGCAGUAAAAUUAUUAUUGCCAGACAUUGGAAGUCCUCUAACCCAUUCCACAAAUCCCAUUUGAUUGAUCAAAUUAUAUUUCAACUGACAAUGGAAAAAGCUAUCAUAAAUAAUAAGACAGUUUUUUCCAAAAAAAGAGAAUGGUACUCUAACUGGCUCCAAAACAUUCCAACAUUUAACGGUAAUAUACUUCUGGUUUAGCUUUUUUAGUUAAAUAGGACUAUGGUCAUUGACAAUCUUAUAACAAUAGUGGUUACAAGUGGGCGAUUUUUGUAUUGUUAUAUUUUAAUAAGACUCGUAUCUAGAAGGCUGCGAUAUAUUAUUAGGAAACCCUCUCUGCUCUGUAUAGGUGGAGGGUUAUUUCUUUGUCUUGUUCUAGUCUAUAUGUCUAUGUAUUCGAUAUAUUUUGCAUAUAUAUAUAUAUAUAUAUGUAUAUAUAUAUAUAUAUAUGAUGAUUUUUUAUUAAAUGUCGUGUCUAUUAUUUCAAUCGAAUAUAUUUUGUAUUGUUACAUGUCUAUUGACUCUUUUGAUACAAUGGAAAAAAAAAUGUCAAUAGAAAUUUAUUAUAAAAAAAAAGAAAUUAAAAUAAGUGUGUCAAUACCAAUUGCUUAGCACAUAUGUACAAAAAUCUAUUUAUGACAUAUACGGAGUGGCCUCUUUAACCAGUUCUUAUAAUGUUUUGUUUAUUUUUUCAUAGGGUACCAUUAAAAUGUCAGAAGAUGGCUGCUGCAAGACCUGUGACAGUAAGAACAUUUUUACGAAUUUAGCUUCAGCCAAAUAAUAUAAAUGUUUUUGGAUCUAAAAAGUUUUGGGUAAACCCAAAACAUGUCAGGGAGUCUAAUAAUGAAGUAAAAAAUGGUCCAUAUAGUGUCCCUUCAAUAGCAAAAAAGCAACUUUCAAACUGUUAUUCAAAGUUGGUAUUACAAAAAAUGCCCCUUGUCCUUAUGAAUUACUCACGCAACACAAUGUUUAUUUAAAAAAAAAAGAAAAAAUCACUAAACAUCUUUUUUUUAAAUUUUUUUUUUUAAAGCUGUAGAAUGCCAGGUCCGUAAGCAGCCCACUCGCAUCAAUACCAAGACCUGUGAAUCAGACCAGACUGUGGAACUCACCUACUGUGAGGGAAGAUGUAUGACUACAUCAAUGUAAGUUGUUAUGUUUUGCGAGUCGAUAAUAAUACUAAUAUUGCAUUGAUUAUAUUUCAAGUGUUACUACUAGACAAUUUCAAGACAAGGGAUAUUUUGGAGAACUGUGUCAUAAACACACAGUGUGUAUAUAUAUAUAUAUACACACUUCUAGUUAAUCAAUAGCUUGGGAAAUAACAGUAUGGAUUUGGAACUUAAAUGCCACAUUGCUUAAAUUAAAAUUGCCUACAUGAUGUUAACAUUGUGUAAUAGAUAGAAGACCAGUUUUUAUAACCGAAGUACAAAUCAAAGUGUUCUAGAAAGUUGAGGUAAAUGUGUAUAGACUUUCUUUCUCCUCAAUGUCUCAUACAAUGAUAUAUCUACAGUUACUCAGCUGAUGCAAAUGCCAUGCAGCAUGCAUGCAGCUGUUGCCAGGAGAGGAAGACCAGCAUCCGAAAAAUAAACCUGCCAUGCCUUGAUGGAACCAGCUUUCUUUACACAUAUAUCUAUGUUGAACAGUGUGGCUGCACCACUACUGAAUGUGAAAAGUAA